GCUCCCAGGCUUCAGUAUAUCCAUCUCAAGUUUUGCUGUGACAGUGUAAAUACGUGCACACAUUCCCAAAUGAAGGGAAAUGCUCCAAUUUUGCUUGCAGACCAAAACCUCUCAUGGUGAUUCCACAUGAGCUCCUGUAUGAAAUCUGUGCAACUCUCGGGCAUCUGUACAUGGCUUUUUACCAUAGAAAUGAGAAGCAAUUGAGCCACAGUGCUCAGGCCUUGGAAGUCACAAGACAUGCUUCUCAUUUCAAAACCAGGCUGAUAUUAUUUUUAAGCUUUCUUGUAGGACUUCUGCUUUUCACCCUGCUCCCUAUAACUAUUAGGACUAGAUUUUGUGAAGUCUGUUUUACUCUCAGACAUCUUACUUGAAGGAAAGAUACUGCCUGUGAUGAUGAGUGACAGAAAUACAGAACUAUCUUAAUUUAGAUAUUUGAUUAUCAUAUCUUGCCAUUUUCACUCCAAUGCAUUAACAUGCUGUGAUUUCUCUCUCAAGAUACUGAAGAUUUAACAAGAGUAGCCUUUCUCAAAACACUAAGCCCCAGCUGCCUGGGGUAAGUAGCUAUUAUCUUAAUUGACAGGCAGUAAAAUGCUCAGUUUUUGCUCACUUUGCACCUCCCAAGCUCAACAGCCCAAGCACUCUGCAAGACAAGCGGGUGUGUCUUCUCACACAGUAAAUCAGCCACGCUCCUGAAAACAAUUCUACUUUGCAAUCCCAAACCUAAGUUACCUGAGCCCGUACCUGGCACAAGACCAAAGCCAGGUCUAAUGUGUGUCAGCAGAAAUUGCUGUAUUAUAAAAACCCGGGGAAGGACAGAUCCCUGGUACGCCACGUCUCCAGCUGUGGUGGAGUCCAAGGUGCUUUUCCUCCCCAUUCCCCUGAUAACUAGGCUGGCCUUGGACCCUAUGGCAUGGGGAAAAACACACUCACCCAUUCAUCCAUGUGUCUGUCCAUCCACCCACCCACUGCCAGACCCCAGCGUGGAAAGUGGGGAGGGAAGGAGGUGGGGAGGGAGGGAGUGCAGGGGGCAUGGCCACCGGCUCCACUCCCUGUGACGGCAGCCUAAUAUUCUUGUCUUGCCUGGCUCCCAGACCUUAGACCUGGCGUCAGGUCUAAGGUUCACUGAUCUCUGGUCGCCUCUCACCUUUGACACCACUCCCGGGUGGUUUCGCUUUCACCUGCCCCUGGCACCAAGAGGCUCGAACAGACGGAUGGGGCCAUCAUCCCACCGCACCUGACACCACAGACUGGAACCCUGGGAGGAGAGCAAGGCUUCGGGAAGGCCAUGGCACAGGAAACAAUGCCAGGCGCCUCCCUGGAGGGGAGUCAUCCCACCUACACGUACAAGGUGGUUCUGCUGGGCAGCAUGUCGGUGGGGAAGUCAAGCCUGGCCUACAGAUACGUGAAAAAUGACUUCAGGGAGUUCCUGCCAACCGUGGGCUGUGAGCUCCUUCUUCACACGCACACACAACCUGGAGGCGGCCACCGUCAAGUUUGAGAUCUGGGACACGGCAGGCCAGGAGAAGUACCAAAGUGUCUGCCACCUCUACUACCGGAAUGCCCACGCUGCUCUCCUUGUUUAUGACAUUGCUAAGAAGGAAACACUCAAGAAAGCAAAGCUGUGGGUGGAGGAGCUGGAGAAGAAAUUCCUUCCUGAUGAAAUUGUCAUUGCUUUGGUGGGCAACAAAACAGACCUUGCUGCUGAGCGAGAGGUCACCACUGAGGAGGGGGCAGAGUUUGCACGGAUAAAAGGCCUCCUGUUCAUGGAGACAUCUGCAAAAUCCAACCAUCAAGUAAAUGAUAUCUUCAUGGCCAUAGUCCAAGAGCUCCUGCAACGGGAAAAAGAGAAGGCAUCUGCCCCAUCCCCACACGAGAGAUCAACAAUUGACCUGAAGGAGAGCACACCACAGAGGAGGUGCUGCUGGCUGUGAGGACAUGCAACUCUGGACCUCAGCCAUGACUGGAUGAAGUCUCCACGAGGAGCAGUGGGGACUCAGAAGUGCAGAAGCAGCUCAGCCUGACCACCCUCCCCCUCAAAGCGAGUUCAGAGCCCACAGGGCCUCUUCAACCCUCUAGCACUGUCUUCAUCCGAGAGCUAAAGCACAGGGUUUUCUUCCACCAAGCUUCCACUUCCAGAGAAGAGCACAACCUGCUAGCAACACUACCACCAACCCUGACUGGUGACAUCCCCUCACCCCAGCUGCACAUCACCUCCUCCAUCUCCCUUUCCAUCUGAAAAGGGAGGGUUUAGCUUUCCAGAGCAAAGCAGGUGCAUUCUGGGGACUUCACACUCAGGCUGCAAAUAAAGAGAAUAGUGCCCUGAAGGUGCGUUACUUUUCCC